AUGGCGGGAACGAUCAAUAAUCCGAAGAAACCCAAGUCCAAGCGCGGUACGACGCGUCUUCGCCACAAGAUUCAGAAGGCCUCGGCGUCGAAGCAGAGAAAGGACCGCAAGUUGGCCAAGAAGAACCCAGAAUGGCGAACCAAGCUCAAGAAGGACCCGGGGAUUCCCAACCUGUUCCCCUACAAGGAGAAGCUUCUAGAGGAGAUUGAGCAGAAGCGUCUGAAGAAGAUUGAGGAGACGCAGAAGAGGCGUGAGAUGGCCAAGGCGGCCAAGACGGGUGGUGAUGCCACCGCAGAGCGGCCCGCGGCCGAGGACGGCAUGGCGGAUGAGGACGACGACGACGAGCAGGACGAAGACGUGGAGGGCAUGGAUGACGACGACGACGACGGCGGCGGCGGUGACAUGGACGAGUCGAACCCGAUGGCCGCCUUGAUCGCCAGCGCCCGCGCGGCGGCGGAGGACUACGACCGCAAGCUCGGUGACGACCGGGACAGGGACAUGGACUCGGACGGUGCGGCGGAGGACUCGGACGACGAGGAGGUGCCGGUCGGCGCGCAGGCCCUCUCGCGCAAGACGUACGAGAAGGUGUUCAAGCAGGUGGUGGAGCGGGCGGACGUGGUGCUCGUCAUGGCGGCGGCGUCGGGCGGCAAGCGCCUGAUCCUGGUGGUCAACAAGGCGGACCUGGUGCCGCCCGCGGUGCUGCGCGGCUGGCUGACGCACCUGAGGCGGUACUUCCCCACGCUGCCGCUGCGUGCCGCCUCGGGCGCGUCGGGCGCGCACAACUUCCACCACGGCGGGUCCAGCAUGACGGUGCAGGCCACGUCGACCGCGCUGCUCAGGGCGCUCAAGAGCUACGCCGCCUCGCGCCAGCUCAAGCGCGCCGUCUCCGUCGGCGUCAUCGGCUACCCCAACGUCGGCAAGAGCAGCGUCAUCAACGCCCUCCUGUCGCGCAUGGGCGGCAACGGUAAAGGUGCCGGACCCGCCAAGGCGUGCCCCGCCGGUGCCGAGGCCGGGGUCACCACGUCGAUUCGUGCCGUCAAGAUGGACAGCAAGCUCACCCUCCUCGACUCGCCCGGCGUGGUAUUUCCCUCGUCGUCGUCGUUCCCAUCGUCCACCGGCCACUCGGGAGGCAGCCUGGUGUCGCUGCGCAACGCCGCCGACGCACACGCCCACCUCGUCCUGCUCAACGCCCUGCCCCCCAAGCAGAUCGACGACCCCAUCCCCGCCGUCAGCCUGCUCAUCCGUCGCCUAUCGGCCGCCUCGCCCGAGCUCCUCCAGAAGCUGACGGACGUAUACGACAUCCCCGCUCUCAUGCCCAGCCGCUCCGACGGCGACGUCACCACCGACUUCCUCGUCCAGGUAGCCCGCAAGCGUGGCCGUCUGGGUCGCGGCGGCGUUCCCAACCUGUCCGCCGCUGCUAUGACGGUCGUGACCGACUGGAGGGACGGUCGUAUCCAGGGCUGGGUCCAGCCUCCCGUCCUCGCCGUCGCCUCGUCCGACGACAAGAGCAAGAGUUCUGCCGCCAAGUCCUCUGCCGUCGACGACGAUGCCGUCGUACCCGAUCAAAAGGAGAUUGUCACCGAGUGGGCUGCCGAGUUCAAGCUCGACGGUCUGUGGGGUGAUGAUGGCGAUAAUACUGAUGGUGACGCUAUGCAGGAGUAG